ACACGAUAACACGUGUAAGCGCUGCCCAACAGAAGCAGAAAACUCGACAUGAUCAGGGUCUUAGAAGUGAAAGAAGCUUCGCCAUAGGGAACAAGGUGCUGAUGUACAAAGCGUCCCAAGAGAAUUCACGGAGUAAUAAACUAGACCCAAAAUGG